AUGAUAGAGCUGUACGUUGAGUUCGAACAACAUAUGAGGCUGGACGUAGUUGGCGAGGAGGUCAAUGUUGAUGAGAUCGGGGAUACAAAUUGGAAAGAAGAUAACAACGACAGUGAAGAGGAGUUCGAAGCCAACUAUGAAGUCGAUGACGAAAACGAUGACGAAGACCUGACAGGCAAUUCGGCGGUGCAAAAUGAAGCGGAUGCGAUUGUAAGCCAGCACCCCUUUGGUGUUUCGUCUUUUAUGCGGAAUUUAGAUCUCGAAGCCAUGCAUGCCCUGGAAUUUUCUAAUUCGCAUGUCGUAGAUGAAGGCAAUGUUGUGGCGGAAGAUGGUGAGUUUAGUAUCGGAAUGGAAUUUGGUUCUAAAGAGUCGCUGAUAUCUGCAAUCAAAAGCUACACUAUCUCUAGAGGAGUUGAUUACACUGUGUAUGAGUUUGAGCCGCAGACAUUCUAUGCAAAAUGCAAGGGUUAUGGUGCAAGGUAUGAUUGGCUUAUCCGAGCUAACUUGAUUCAAAAGAAAGGUUGUUGGGAGAUUAGGAGAUACAAUGGCAAACACACGUGCACCAUGGAAACGAUUUCACAAGAUCGUGCCAAGUUAGACUCAAACACAAUUGCAGAUGCUAUUAGGCCAUUGGUUGAAGUAGACUUGUCAAUAAAGGUAAAGUCUAUUAUUGCAGAAGUUAAGUCCAGGUUCAACUAUACUGUAAGUUACUGCAAGACUUGGUUGGCAAAGCAAAAAUCUGUCGCAAAAAUUUUCGGUGAUUGGGAAGUUUCUUACCAGACUCUGCUAGUAUGGUUGAAAGCAAUGACUAUGAAGAUACCAAGGUCUUGUAUUCAAAUAAAAACGCUCCCUGUUUACCGUGAGAGUGAGGAGGUUCAAGGUGUAAGAGUUCUUCAUUGGGUUUUUUGGAACUUCUAUCCGUGUAUUGUAGCAUUUAGACAAUGCAAGCCAUUGGUACAGGUUGAUGGCACACACCUGUACGGAAAAUAUAAAGAUGCACUUUUAGUUGCGGUUGCACAAGAUAGGAACCAAAACAUUGUGCUUAUUGCAUUUACGAUAGUCGAGGCAAUAGCUCGCAGUAACGGUGCAUGGUCACCACCAAGAGCGUGGCACAUGUUCUGCAUCAGGCAUAUCGGGUCCAACUUCUUAAAGAGGUUCAAGCCUCCAUAUUUGCAUAAACUCGUAGUUAACACAGGCUAUUCUAGGACAAAACAGGAGUACAACAAAAACUACCAAAUGCUUAAAGAGUGGGGUGAGGCAUAUACUCAAUGGUGCGAUGAGUUUGGUGUUCAGAGAUGGGUGUUGGCAUUUGACGGGGGUCAUCAUUGGGACAUAUGA